AUGGAAGUAAAAACGGAAGAAAGAUUCAAAGGAAUCCUUAUGGAGUUUUCUUCAAAUUAUAGAGCGAUACUAAGCCGUUCAGUCCCCAUUGAGAGUUCUGCAGCAGAAGAUAUACUAGGAAGCAAAAUAGGAAUACCAUUAGACCGAACGGGACCAGCUACUGGAAUCAAUAAUAAACAGAAUAGAAAAAAAGGAAGUAAAUAUUCUGGCACAUAUGGAGCUAUUUCAAUGAAAUCCAUAGUUGGUCAUUCAUUUGCAAAAUGCUGUGCACAAAUGUCUGUAAAACAGAAAGCAAGACCUCAGCAUGGAACCUAACUUCUUAGCAUAAACAAAUAUAGGGUGACAGCAGAAGUGAAUAUCGUCAGAAAAAAAUGGGACCAAACCUAUGGAGAUCGUAUUGGAAAU